AUGUUGGGGAAAUUGUGCAAUCUUCUUGUGAUCAGUGCUACCCUCACGUGCUGCUUGGCAGUGGAUGUGACGGAGUUCAAGAGGAGCUUCUCCCUCGAUUGUGACUCGCACUACAACCCAAUGUGUCUCAAAAUGGAUAUGGCGGCAUUUAUUGAGCGCCUCGCCUCCAGUCCUGAACUCAUCCUGUCACCCAGUGUCUCCAUCGUCAAGGACGCUGAUGCAAAUGGGACAAGAAAUGCUGAGAUCAUUGCUGAACUCUCAAGGAGUUUUCCCAACGAUCCCAGCAAGCGAAUGGACGGUUUCCUGUUCUCCAAGUUAAGUGAAUAUCUUCAAUCGCACACUCUCCGGUUUCGCCUGUGGGACAGCAAGUCUAGCGUCGAAGAGGCCAAGGAUGCCUUCACGGGGCGCAAGGGCAAGAUUGGCGGCAAGAAGGGUGGCCUCGAGGGUCUCAUUGCCGCGGCUAUGAUGAUGAAAGGUACGAUGAUGGCUCUCGCGCUGGGAGCUUUGGCAGCACUUGCGGGCAAAGCUCUCAUGACUGGCAUGAUGGCUCUGAUGUUGUCCGCGAUUGUGGGUCUCAAGGCACUGGCAUCUGGCGGAGGCAAGCAGACAACGUAUGAGAUUGUGGCCAAGCCCUACUACUCUCACUCACACUCACAAUCACACGAGGAUCACGGUCACGGCCACAGUGGGAACACUGGAUAUGGCGGAUAUGGACGCUCACUCAACUUCGUGCUUCCUGAUCACCUCAAGAAACCCUAA